UCAAAGCUACAUGGCUACAAGCAUCUAGGUCCAGCAGAACAUAUCAAAUGGACAUGUUGAAGUACCUUACCCACAAACUUCGGUCGCAAUCUCUCAAUGAAGUACAGCCAUUUCAAGCUUCGGUUGAUGAAGAUAGAGAUUCAGGAACUGAGUCAGAUGAAGAAAAUGCUGAACUGGCUGAAUUAGAGAGAUUAUCUGACCUCCAAGAUGAUCGUGAAAGAAAGAUUGUAUUCCCAAAGCCAAACAGGACCUCCUUGGCCUCUCCAGAUCUACCGAACACUCUACAAGUAGGCUUCACAUCAUUACAUCAUAAUGGAGGCGACCAACUCUCCGUUGAUGACUCUAGUUAUCUGUCAGAGAACCUUAGUGAUCCAAUAGCAGAUCUUGGCAGCUCGGACUUAGAGAGUGAGAGAGACAGUACAGAUUUUGAACAAUACGAGCGACCUAGCUCUGAAGAAGAAUUAGCAGUUAUUAAUGGCAGGGUUAUUCAUCCAGAAAAACGAAAAUGGUCGCAGAUGAUGCGCUCAAGUUAUAGUGAGAAUUCCGCAUCGUCAGAUGAAGAGGUUCGGGAUUUGUUAUCAAGGCCCCAGCCGGUACUAUUUAGUUCCACUCCUCCGCAAAAUGGAGUAAAAACUUGUGAAUUCAAACAUUAUAAAACUAGGGGCUCUCAAUCAUCACCGAAAGUUUACAUUUCUCCAGUACGGGUAUGUACCGUGUCACCACGGAAACGGCACAAGGGGACCUCCCCAGGGGAGUGGCAUAAAGAUGGUAAAUACAGUGGACAUAGGCCAAGUCUUGACUUUGAGAAAAUGCAGCAGAAAUCAAAAUCCGUAAUGACAAAACAAUGUAACCAGAGAACAAGGAAUCUGAAUCUUCGGACAUUGACAGGCGGAAGGCAGAGAAUCCUGUACAAUCCGGAGGUGUUUGCGUUCAGAUCUAUAAGUGCAUCAUUUAACCAAUUAACACCAGUAGAGGAGCCUUCCUGCGCUUAUUAG